GCGUCCACUUUCUCAGCGCGCAUUCGGGGCGUUCAGGAGCUGACAGUGGGUUUCAGCCUGAAACCUUCAUUACGCUGAUAUGACAUUUCGAUGCAUAGAGUGCAAGAACGAAGCUUUCGAGCCAAAUUGGUGAGUAUCGAGUGUCCUGGUGAGAAGAAGGGAGGAGGUAGAUCUAGACUCAGAGAAGCCUGCACGCCGAGUGCUCCCGGCGCACAAUCGACCUAUGGCAGAUACAGAACGAAGAAUGGACCACAAAGAGGUCGCGGCAGCAGUCGAACGGCGGUCCCUCAAUGGAGCAGGCACAUGAGUCCCCAAGUCUCAUCAUUGAGAUCCAUGACAUUACAACCCUGACAUUGGUCGAAAAAGGAUGUAACGUAAGAUGCGCGCGCCGUAGACAUGCGCGCAAACCCUUCUUGAGACCCAUUGCGACAAUUCUUUGA